GAGUGAAAGGCGGCCCGGUCACAAUUAUUGAAUUAUAAAGCCGCUUCAAUUUCCCAUAACCAAAUCGCUUCUCAAAGAGUCAAAAUCUGUAGUGGACUAUGGCGAUAAACUCGUUUGCAUUACGGAACCGGAAAUAUUUUCGAAUGGAUGCGUAAGAAAAAUCAACACGGGGGAGAAUAACAUUUUAUCAUUAACAAUGACGCAAUCUAAAAGUUUUGUCAAUAAAAAUUACUAUGGGAAGGCAAUGGGGGAAACAUAUACCGAAAAACAAACAAAUUUCAAAAACAGAAGAAAUGAACAAAAUGAGCAAGAACAACUAACAUAUCUACAAAAUUACAAUGACGAUGUAUUGGCAACAGAAAUGGCUAAAAAUAUAACCAAUUCGGAACAGCCAAAAAGUUGCUACGAGCUGCCGCACUUCACCGAACAUAUUCAAAAUUCAAGAUCAACAUCGAAAACACAGUCCUCUCCCAAAAAUAUGAAUGAUUUAGAAAAAAGUCAUCGACAACAACAAAGUGUAGACAAAGACGUGAAUAGCACAAACACAAGAGUAGAAAUAAUAAAUAAAUCUCCACCUUCACCUCCACCGAAGGAACACACAGCAAAAACAAUAGAGAGCGUGAAAAAUACAAUGCCGAAGGAAGAGCAAAUCAUCAGCAUCGCAACCAACGCUCAAACGAACAUAUCUAAUAAUCUCUAUGAUAUUAAUUUCGAACAUUGCCAACAGCCAUGGUCGACUUAUCUCACUCACUCAGAAGUGCGCGAUCCGUCUACGCAGGAGGGUCUAAUCGUAAAUGGCCCAGUUGUGUGUGAAUCAAGCACUACGCGUAUUAAGAUAGAACCAGUCCCACCCCCCGCUGACCAGUCGUUAUAUGCAAAUGAAGCAGCAACAGCAUCCACCUCCACCAACUACCUGCUGACAUCAUUGAUAUCCUCUUCACAUACGAACACAACUACAGAGGCGCCAUUUGUGCUGAAUGAGUGCCAAAGUUUAGUAACAAACAAGUUUUUGUCGAAUUUAAAAAGUGACGCCUUUGCAGUCCGUAACGUUUCGACGAUAUAUGGUGAUAAGGAAAAAGCAUCAGCUGAAUCGCAGCCAGCAGCGAAAACAAGUGUUUUUGACAGAGGGGUGGACAUUGAAAUGACCCUAACAACAGUUCAAGAACAGAAAGAAGAAGAUAAUAUCAGUGUAUCGUCAUAUCAAUUGGAUGAUAUUCCAAACUCAUCUGUUGACGAGGUAUUGUUCAAUGAAAUGAAGUUCGAAAUGAGUGGUGCUAAAAUCGGGUCGAACGUCACUACGCGUACGUCGGGUGGUAGUAGUCAAGUUAAAGCCGAGUCAAGCCCAUUGACGGUAGCAAGUGGCAGCGGUGUUUUGUCGGCAGUGACAGAUAUAUCGAAAUUAGCGAAUUUCGGCAGGUCGCGGCGAGAUUGUAGUCUUUUAUCCCAUUCUGAUUCCAGCACAUCUUUCGACGCAAAGGAUUCUGUACUUCCUGAACGUACAUUGCUUCGAAGGCAGAGACGUUUGCACUCACAGUGUUCAAAUGAUAAGCAGGAGGAUCCAAUCGAGCGGUUGAAUCGCUUGCGAGCGCGAAUAUCGGGUGCAUUAAGCGAGGUGAAAGUUGUGCUAAAGCAUUAUAGUGUUGAUGAUGGUACCGAAACUGAGCAGAAACCAGCACAAGCAUGCUCUGUUUCAACUAUAAAUAGGCCCAAUGAUUCUUCAAAGUUCACUGAUUCACAAGAAAUUGCAACCACAGAGGCAACUGUAAAGGAUGAAGGUCCGGUGAGUUUUCGUUUUGUUAGAAAAGUUCGGCGCCAGAGCGUGUUCAGUGAAGAGGAAACCAAUGAAGUGAAAAAUGUAGCAAUACCCGAAACGGCAGAAAUUAAAUUGGCUACAGACGAUGGCGAAAGUAAUAGUUUUAUGUUUCCAAAAGAAUACACCAAACCAGAAAAAGGCACCAUAGAGGUUCAAGACAAAGUUUUUUCGGCUCUUUUAGACCCUAGGUAUGGAAAUAAUAAGAAAUUAAAUGGAAUUGAAUGCUCGAAUUUAGAAAAUUCUGUUGUAGUAGUCACAUCUCCAGAUAAAAAGAAAUCGGUGAAUUUAGAAGAAAAUAAUGGAGCUCAUAAUUUGGAACUCACUAAGAACUUUAGAGAACUAGAAAACAAAUCCAUCCUGGAAGCUGUUGUAGAGUCUAAACUUGAAUCUCGAACUACAGAUAUCGAAGUCGGUAAAGUUGAUAUUCAAAGUUCUAUUACUGACAUUUCCCAUUUAGCCGCUCUGAAGGCGAAAGGGAGCGAAGCGGAUGAAUCUCCAAAGGGAGUUGAGUUAAAAACGGUUGAGCCGCAUACUCUGAAUGUACCAACAGAUGAAAUAAGAAAACCAAAAAAACGGGUUAUAAAAUCAAAAAGCAAUCUUCGAAGAGCCUCUAUUGCCGCGGUUGAAAGUUCACAAAUCGACCCACCCGUCAGUCAAGCCAAUAUUCCUCUUGCUAUUAAAAUACAAAGACGGCCUUCAGAUUCCGAAGCAAUAAUAAAAAGAAAAGCCAAAACUUCAGAAGGAAUCAACAAUAUAUCAACGAAAAAUGUGAUAACAGUAAAAGAGAAACAACCGCCCGUGAAAAAAAAUGCCACAGCCUCAAAGGCAGAAUUAAAGGUUACUACUUCAACGACACAUAUAGAAAGCGACACAAUAACCUCUGUGGACAAAGCGGCUGUGAAAGUAGCCACCAAAACAGCAGUGCCAAUAUCAUUAGAUACGUUGCCAACACAAUUAGCAAUCACAAUCGGAAUCGAUGAUCCACCAUUGAACAGUGAUGCAAAGCUAGAUAACACGAAAACCGAUGAUACGCAAGCAUUAUCAAAUUCAACAAAUAAUUCGCGGUCGCCAACGAAAUUGGUCGAUGAGAGCAAUGCAAUGGUGGCGGCACUGGUAAGUCAAUUGCGGACUGGCGAGGCGAGCAGUCACACAACAAACGCAGGAACGCAAUCAAUAAACGUUGUGACAAACAACGUAGAAAUCGCACCGCCCAUUACAGAAAAAGCAAAGGAUCAAGAUAAAAAUAUACGAGAGGAUCACUCAAGAAAUUUGACAACUACCGAUUCUUCUGACUUAAACAAUCAAGAACGAAAACCAAUUCAUCUAAAAGCACAGCCAACAAGUCAAUCUAAAUGUGCAACUCCUCAGCAAACAGAUACGACUGAACACUGCUCAAAAGAAUCACAUAAUUUAAAACCCUUUGAAAGUUUAUAUAAAACCAACGACUCUGCACACUUGGCUACACCGUAUCCCGCUCCUGAAAGUAAUACAGUUGAGAUUAUAAAAUCUGAUCCAGUUUCCAACGAAUGCACCCGCCUUGAACAAAACAUCGCUAAAGAGAUUUUAAAUCAGUUUUUAGAACAACCAACAGUCAGGAGCGAAACUGGUGAUAAAAUGCCAGAGCUGCAGGUUACCCCCGUACCUGUGAAGCCUGUGCAAGUGUUUGCAGAAACCGACACUGGAAAAAUUCAUAAUCCGACUAAUAAAACGACAGUGAAAAGAAUCGUGCGUAAAAACUCAAUAGACAAACCCGUUGAAAAGAGGAAAUCUAGCAAAAGUUUAGCUACAGAAACUGAACAACUCGUGGACCGAGAUAUAAUAAUAAUAAGCGAUAACCAACCAUCAACGAAUUUAGUAACAGAAAAAUUCGAAAACACAGAGGAGAAUAAUGUUCUUGGUGAAGAAAUAACGACUGAAGAAGGGCCUUCCCUCGAACCGCCUGUUGCACCCACCAAACCCAAAAAACCACGCAAAGUUAAAAAGAAAGUAAUCAUUAAACGUGAGCACCGCAAACUCUCCGUUGGAGAAAGUACAUUUUUUAAAGAUCCCGAGCAACCAGACACUACAUCAGCCGCUCUCGAGACUUUAGAGAGAGCUAUAGCAUAUGUAACAGAUGACGAGGACGAGGCGACAGAACAAAAUAUCGACCCCGUAAAGCCAGUCAAAUCCUGCAUGAAGCAACGGGAAUUUCAAGUAGGUGAGUGGGUGAUGUAUGGAGAGCGCUUCCGUAAGACGCAAAUCCGUUGGAAGAAAGGUCAAAUUACUGAACGCAUCACCAGCAUUUCUUAUAAAAUCAAGCUCGACGACAAAGAGGUUUCGGCACACAUCAGCUACAUCAAAAAGUACACUGGUCGUAAGGUUAAUUUCGGCGGCAAAGAGUAUUUGGAAAUCGACUACGAGCAAAUAGAAGAAGAAGAGCGUCGAGCGCGCACAUACAGUAUAUGGAAUAUGGUCUGAAAGUCAUGCGUCAAAUGCCGAAUAGCAUAUUUGAAAUACUACAUUGGAUAUGUAUGUACGUUGCAACAAAAGUUGUACUUGUAUAUAUUAUCUCAAAAAAGGAAAAAACACCAUCACCUUGGGUUUGUUUUGCGCUUCUGGCCUCGCAUUAAUUCGACUACCAACCAGAGCUUUUGCAGUAGACUAAUUUACUUGUACGUAUUAUAACUUAUUUAUUUACGAAAACGUUAUUAAAUAAUGUUGAUUUUAAUUUCGCAUAGACCUUAGAAUAGGAUUGGCUCGUUCGCUCAACAUUCUAUCGAUAUAAGCCAUUCAUUUAUGUAAAUAGUAGUCCAUAUUUUUUAAGUCUUCCCAAGUUAUUUGCUUUGUACAUAAAGGUCUGGAUGCUAUACAUUUUUCCAUUGAUGAGAGAUGCAAUUAGUGUACAAUUUAGUUAUUAGAUAGUAUCCUUCUCGUUUGCUUCUUUGAACAAUGGAAUUAGCCAUUGAAGAAAAAAUAAAAAACAAUUCAUGUAAAUACUGAAGUCUGAAUUUAUGUACAUAAAUAAAAUAAAUUUUAAAUAAAAA